GACGACUUCUUCCUGAACCACAAAAUAAAAAAAAAAGGCCAAAAACUUGCUCCCAACCAAGGUAAGGUGAAAUCCCAAAUGUUAGUGCCCAGAAGUGCUUUUCAUUUCAACCUACUACAACUGAUCACCCUUCUCCUCCUCACUUUAACACUUUCCCAGUUGUGCUUCUGUUGCCCCCUCAAUGUGUGGCCAAAACCAAGAAUAUUUUCAUGGCCAAAUCCUCAAGCCAAUCCUCUAUCUCCAACUUUUCAAAUCAUUUUUCCAAGCCAUUUCCAUCUCUCCAAGGCCAUUUCUUAUUACUUGAACUUGAUCCAGACUGAACACCAUGUUCCGCUUGUGCCCCCCUCUGUCAACUUUUCCUCCUCUUCUUCCCCUCUUCAGGCUCUGUAUAUCACUGUAUAUGACCUUGUUACACCGCUGCAGCAUGGUGUUAAUGAGACUUACACACUCACCAUUCCUUCCACUGGGUGCACUGCCACGCUGGUGGCGCAGACAGCAUGGGGAGCCAUAUGGGGACUUGAGACAUUCUCACAGCUGGUGUGGGGCAGCCCAUUGCGUGUGGCUGCAGGAGUGUACUUGCAGGACAUGCCACUGUUUCCACACAGAGGGCUGUUGCUUGACACCUCAAGAAACUAUUAUGGAGUUGAGGACAUCAAGAGGACUAUCAGGGCGAUGGCGGCAAAUAAAAUGAAUGUGUUUCAUUGGCAUAUCACUGACUCACAUUCAUUCCCUUUGGUGAUUCCUUCUGAGCCUGAGCUUGCUGCCAAGGGUGCUUAUGGUUCUGAAAUGGUUUAUACUCCUGAUGAUGUGAAGGAGAUUGUUGAAUUUGGUAUGUCCCAUGGUGUUAGGGUUGUCCCAGAAAUCGACUCCCCAGGUCAUACAGGAUCAUGGGCAGAAGCUUACCCAGAAAUUGUUACGUGUGCAAACAUGUUUUGGUGGCCUGCAGGAAGUGACUGGGCAGACCGAUUUGCUGCAGAACCUGGAGCUGGCCAGCUAAACCCAUUGAAUCCAAAGACUUACCAAGUUCUGAAAAAUGUAAUUGCUGAUGUGGUCAAGCUAUUUCCAGAACAGUUUUACCAUGGUGGAUCUGAUGAGAUUGCUCCUGGUUGCUGGAAAGCUGAUCCAACCAUCCGAUCCUUCCUUUCAAAUGGUGGAACACUCAGUCAAGUCCUUGAAAAAUUUGUGAACUCAACCUUCCCUAUCAUUGUGUCCCUCAACCGCACGGUGGUGUAUUGGGAAGAUGUUUUGUUGGACAAAACAAUCAAAGUGAACCCCUCGUGUCUUCCAACUGAGCAUACGAUCUUACAAACAUGGAACAAUGGCCCAAACAACACAAAGAAGCUUGUCAAUGCUGGCUAUAGAGUCAUUGUUUCAUCCUCAGAGUACUAUUAUCUGGAUUGUGGCCAUGGUGUCUUUGUUGGGAACAAUAGCCAGUAUAAUUUGCCUCCUGGUAGCGACCAAGGCAACGGGGGAUCAUGGUGUGGACCAUUUAAAACUUGGCAAGCCAUAUACAAUUAUGAUAUAACAUAUGGGUUGAGCAAGGAGGAGGCGAAGCUGGUGCUGGGAGGAGAAGUGGCAUUGUGGUCGGAGCAGGCAGAUCCAACAGUGCUGGAUGCAAGGCUUUGGCCAAGGUCUUCUGCAAUGGCUGAGACACUGUGGUCUGGAAACAAGGAUGAGAAGGGCAAGAACAGGUAUGCUGAGGCAACGGAUCGUUUGAACGAAUGGCGGUACAGAAUGGUAAGAAGAGGGAUCGCUGCUGAGCCAAUUCAACCUCUCUGGUGUAUAAGAAGUCCUGGAAUGUGUAACACAGUUCAUCCGAUUUAAUUUCUGAUUUAUUCUGAACUCAAGUUUGUGAACUCCAUUUAUUUUGUAUGAAAAUGCAAGUUCAAUUGUCGAACCAAAACUCUUAUUAUUGUGCAAAUGCAGGUUGCAUUCGUGUUCUUGCAUAGAUAAAUCCACCAGAUUCAUUAUUUUGACCA